AAUUACCCAAAAGAAAAAAAACAGAGCUCGUAAAUAAAGGAGGAAAAAGUGAUGUAAUGUAUUCCAGAAAAUCCCAAAUGUGAGAGAAGCGUGGCAAGUUUAGGAUCACACAGGCCAAUAGAGAGAAAAAUGAUCUAACAAUGAAAAGAGAAGUCAUCAUCUUCUGAAACAGGGGAAGUUGCAGAGAAUCUAGCGAGACCAAUGGCUACUCUGGUCUCGUCUCAAACUUACAUCUACCAUUGUCAUAUUAGUAAACAAGCUCUUUAUCAGUCAAAAGAAUCAUACUCUCCUCGUAGAUUUUCUCGUCAUAAUCACAGAGAACGACUUGAUUUUUCUCCUAGAUUGACAAUAACUGGAAAGCACCAACCUUUGUCUUUCAACACCGUGUGUUUUGCUGCAGAUGAGCCCUCCGAAAUCAGUGCUGAUGCUAGAAUCCGUAGUGAGGUUCUGUCUCCGUUCAGAUCAGUCCGUAUGUUCUUCUACCUCGCCUUCAUAGCUAGCGGUUCACUAGGGGGACUAAUAGCCACUUCCAGGCUCAUCGGUGCCCUGGCGAAUCCGGCUAGAUCAGGCGAAGUUCUUGAGAUCGUUAAGGGUUUGGGGAUUGACAUUGGUGCUGCUUCUCUCUUUGCGUUCCUCUACUUCAACGAAAACAAGACCAAGAACGCGCAAAUGGCUAGGCUUUCGAGAGAAGAGAAUCUUGCAAAACUCAAAAUGAGGGUCGAAGAGAACAAUAAGGUUAUCUCGGUAGGUGAUCUCAGAGGCAUUGCUAGGCUUGUGAUCUGCGCUGGUCCUGCGGAGUUUAUUGAAGAAGCGUUUAAUAGAAGUAAAGAGUUUACACAAGGGCUUGUGGAGAGAGGUGUGGUUGUCGUGGCUUAUGCUACGGAUGGGAAUUCGCCGGUUUUGGAGUUUGAUGAGGCUGACAUUGUGGAUGAAGAAAUAAGUCAGAGAAGGAAGAGACUGUGGCGGGUGACUCCGGUUUUUGUCCCGGAAUGGGAAAAGUGGUUAAAUGAGCAGAAGAAGCUUGCCAAUGUUUCUUCAGACUCUCCAGUGUAUUUGUCACUGCGUUUGGACGGGCGUGUAAGAGCAAGUGGAGUGGGUUAUCCUCCAUGGCAAGCCUUUGUAGCACAACUUCCACCGGUUAAGGGAAUCUGGACCGGUCUUCUUGAUGGUAUGGAUGGUAGAGUGUAAAUACUCUUAAUACUUUAGGGACAAACAGUGGCGGAGCCAGAAAAAUUGUUUAUAGGGGUCAAAUUUUUUUAUAUAGAAAAUACAUAAGUUCAUUAGAAAAAAUAAAAUAGCAUCAAAAUAUACUUUUAAGAAUUUUAUCUUAGAAUUGUUCAUAUUUUGUAAGUAUUUUAUUAUUAUUUCCUUUGUUACAUAAACAA